AUGGCACCUACGAAAUCGACAAAGGGAGCUCCUGCAAAGGGCGCCAAGUCCGCGUCCAAGUCGGGCGAUCGCCCUAGACCGAAGAAGCCUGCUGGUCCCAAGCCGAAGACUGUCGAGCAAAAGUCAAAGUCGACCUCCCACGGCCCUGCAAAGAAGAAGAAGCGCGUCUACACCGAAAAGGAGCUUAACAUCCCCACGCUCAACGGCAUCCGCCCUGCUGGAAUCCAGAAGCCCAAUGGUGUCAAGAAGGGAAAGACCUUUGUCGACGACAAGGAGUCCUUGAUGACCAUCCUCGCCAUGGUCCAGGCCGAGAAGGAGGGAAACAUUGAGAGCAAGAUGAUCCGCGCUCGCCAGAUGGAGGAGAUCCGCGAGGCCAGAAAGGCCGAGGCUGAGAAGAGAGAGGCUGGUCGCAAGGAGAAGCUGGAGGGAGUCAAGGAUGAGCUCCGUAAGAAGAAGAACAAGAAGGGUUCCAAGUCCGAUGCCGACAUGGACGUCGAGCCUGCUGCCGAGAAGCCCAAGAAGAAGAGAGUCUCUUUCGGUUGA